AUGUCACCUAUAAAUGUAAAUAGACUUGAAUAUGAACUUAAAGAACACCCAGAUAAACAUUUUGUUAUGUAUCUUCUGAAUGGUAUACGUUUCGGUUUUGAUACAUUAGUAUCUAUGCUCGAUUUACCUACGUUUGAAUGUAGGAAUUUACUUUCUGCCAUCAGAGAUCCCGAAAGUGUUGAUAUGCUUUUAAAACAAGAAAUAGAUAAAGGAUAUGUUAAAGGCCCGUUUAGUAGUCCACCUUUCGAAACUUACCGUGUUAGUCCCAUUGGGAUUGCAGAAGGCAAAUAUUCAGGCAAAAAACGUCUUAUCCUUGAUCUAUCUUCUCCACACGAAAAUGAAACACAUGAUAGCAUCAAUAGUCUUAUAGAUAAGGAGGUAUGUUCCCUAUCUUAUGUAAAAAUAGAUGACGCAAUAAGGGCCAUCAAGCAUUUCGGAAGGCAAACAAUUCUAAACAAAACCGAUAUGACCGAUGCAUUCAAACAGCUAGGAAUUCGAAAAGACCAACAUCACUUGUAUUGCAUGAAAUGGAAAAACAAUUAUUAUUAUUAUGUAAGACUUUGUUUUGGUUCUCGCAGCUCUCCUUGUAUCUUUGACAAUCUAUCACGGGCUAUUUGUUGGAUAGCAAAGGAAAAUUACGGCAUACCAGUUAUACUUCAUCUCCUAGAUGAUUUUCUCACUAUUCAAUCACCGGACUCUUGCGGGUUUAGAACUAUGGCGCUAAUUACGCUUAUAUUCAAUCGUCUAAAUAUUCCAAUUUCUAAGAAAAAGACUGUAGGUCCCACUUGUACUAUCGAGUAUCUAGGAAUCAUACUAGACACUGUAAGUUUUGAAGCAAGAUUACCUGAUGAAAAGGUAGAAAGAAUUUCAAAUUUUAUUGACAGUUUUCUGCAUAAAAAAUCGGUAACGAAAAGAGAAGUAUUACAACUGUUAGGACAUUUUAAUUUUGCGGCUAGAAUUAUUCGUCCUGGUAGAUCGUUUGUCAGUUAUCUCAUAACGUUAUCUACAAAAGUUGAUAAACUGCAUCACUAUAUAUCAUUAUCAAAAGACUGUAGAACGGACUUAAUCAUGUGGCGAGAUUUCCUAAAAGGCUGGAAUAGAGUUACUUUCUUUUAUGACGAACAUAUUACCUUAGCUAGUGACAUUGAACUGUACACAGAUGCGGCUUCUAACUUUGGAUUCGGAGGUUUCUUUCAAGGUAAAUGGUUUAGUAGUACUUGGUCUUCUGAACUAUCAACUUCACUCGAUUCAGACAUGUCCAUGGCUUUUAGAGAACUGUACCCAAUUGUUGUUGCAUCUUUAUUAUGGGGGCACUUAUGGAAUAAGAAACGUAUCAUGUUCCACUGUGACAAUGAGGCCGUCGUUAAUAUAGUUAACAAAGGAAGAUCUAAAGUACUAGACACUAUGAGGUUAAUGAGAACACUUACUUGGCUAUCCGUUAAACAAAACUUUACUAUUCAAUGUCAACAUAUUCCCGGAGUUAAAAAUGUGAUAGCUGACUCUUUAUCUCGAUUUGAUUUUCAGACCUUCCAAAAAGCAGCACCAGCAGCAGAGACAGUUCCCACUCCGUGUCCAAAAUAUUGGCAAGUAAUGUGGAAUUAA